AUGUCUUUACAUUUCUAAUACCUUGGCUAAGGAUUGAGCAGCCAAAAAACUAUGGAAUUAUUACAAAAGCAUUGUUCAUCUAAUCAUCACAACAAAAUUGCUGAUUUCGGUGCUGUUUUUGAUGAAUUAUUGGAGUAAAAAAAAUACAAAGAUUUGGUUGUAUAAACCCUUGAGAUUAUCAAUUUGUCACCAGAUAAAACUUUAUUGCAACCAAUCUAUUCUGCAAUUUAAUAUUGGAUGACUAAGCUAGAGUCUAAGGAAUAAUAGGUCACUGUUGAUCUCUUUUUAAAGCACAUUGAGUAGAUAAAUGAAGAAGCCAUUUUUAAAACUAAAAUUGUGGCACAGCUUUUCAACACUUUGAGUUCAUCUCAACUGUCAUAGAACCUAUUUUUGAAAUUACUUGAAUGUGUAAAACGAUGGAAUACAUAGCAAUUAAUUAUAUCUCCCAUAAUUUAAAAUCUCAAGCAAUUCUUGAAUUUAUGGACUCUCAGUGAUGCUGAAGUUCUUAAAAUAUUAAAUGCUAUUAUCGAUUUGAUCGAUCCCCAAGAUUAACAAUAUGUGAAACAAAUUUCUGAAUACAUUUUGAGAAACCUUAACACUUCUCAGGAAUAAUACAUUAAGACCUUUAUAAACUUUUAAAAUAUUAACUAAUCCUUCUUAAAAUUGUGUGAAAUCACCUAGUGUCAAAAUUAUCAGGUAAUCGAAAAGACCUAAGUUGCUUCACUUAUCAAAUUGGUGUUGUCUGGAGAUUUAUCAGGAGUCUAAAAAUAUCUAGAGAAGGAAGCAGAUUAUUUUAAAUCAAUAAAUCUAAACAUUAAUUAGUAUUUGACCUAGACAAGAAUAGCUAAAUUUAUUUAAUUAUCAGGCUAAAAAUAAAGUUAUUCAUAUUAAGAAAUAGCUGAGGCUUUAAAUAUCCAAUUAGAAUAAGUAGAGAUUUGGGUUAUUCAUGCAAUCCAAUCUUAAAAUGUUUCAGCUUAGAUCGAUUAAUCUUAAUAAAGAAUUUUCAUUUUAGACAAUUUCAAGAAAUUAUUAACCAAAGAGGAUUGGCAAAACUUGCACAAUAAAUUAUCAGGUUUGUUAACCAAGCUUAAAAUCGUUCAAACAUAAUGA